CGAGGACCUGCCAACUCAGCUGGGAGUUCCUUUUCUGUGGCACUUUUCAUCCCUAUUACGUCUCUUUUUUCAAUCAAGAUGCCAUGGGCGGCGGAGGAGUGGCGCUGCAGUGAUCAAGAGUGACGUUUCCGUGCCAAAUAAGAGGUGUGGCAAAGAGAAGAGAAAAGAUACAAAGAUAGAAAAGAAAAAGAACAUCAAGCAACAAAGAGGGGAAAGGAAAUACAAGGUCUGGAGAGAACGGGAGAUUUUGAAAAGAACACAUGAAUUCUGCAGCCAUGUCUAAUGAAGGGAGAGCAGCCAAGAUCCUUGAUGCCUUGCAGAAUGACCUCAAGUCCCUCUGCAUGGAGACGAAGAAAAGAUAUCCUCACAUUAAAGAUUCCUGUGAGGAAGCCAUCAUCAAAGUCCGUGGGGCAGCAAUGAACCCCCAGUCUUCACUGGCUCAAAUAACCUCCCAGAUACUUUACCCACUUGUGCAGGCUGCAGAAACAAAGGACCCCAAAAUUGUUAAGCUAGCUUUAGCAAUAAUGCAACGCCUAAUAGUGGCUGACGUUGUUGAUGAAAGUAGUGGAGAGCAUGUUGUGGAGACAUUGUGGAUGCUGAUGGAAACGGGUGUGGAGGAGCUGAAGGUUCUCCAGACGGUGACAUUAUUACUUACUACAAGCACUGUGAUCCAGGGACCAAACCUUGCAAAGGCACUAGUUUUAUGUUUUCGGCUACACUUCACUAAGGAUGCUACUGUUGUAAAUACUGCCAGUGCCACAGUGCGCCAGCUUGUGAGUGUGGUGUUUGAAAGGGUUGUUGCAGAGGAUGCAAAGCACUAUCAAGAGGAGGAGGGAAGCAAAAAUGACUCAGACGAGAGCGUGAACCUUGAGGAGUUGAAGGUGUUGAGUUCCAGCCCACCAAAGACGUUGAGACCUGCUGCAGCUGAUGCGUAUCUCAUGUUCCAGGACCUGGUGCAGCUUGUGAAUGCUGACCAGCCCCUGUGGUUAUUAGGUCUCACAGAGAUGACGCGCACCUUUGGCUUAGAACUCCUCGAGUCCGUCCUUACAACAUUCCCUGCUGUUUUUUACCAUACAGGCUUUGACGAGGGGAUGAGAACGUUUGGUCUGGAACUGCUUGAGUCCAUCCUCACCACUUACCCGACCAUUUUCCAUGAUCACCCAGAGUUCAACUUCUUACUGAGGGACCGUGUGUGCGCCCUCGUGAUCAAGCUCUUCUCCCCAAACAUCAAGUACCGUGCAUCAGUCCCCGCCAGUGUCCAGCAAGCCACUCCCCUGGACAAGCCCUACUUCCCCAUCGCCAUGAGGCUCCUGCGUGUCGUGUCAGUUCUCAUUCAGAAGUAUUAUCCUUUGUUGGUCACACAGUGUGAGAUAUUCCUCUCAUUCAUGGUGAAAUUCCUGGAUGGAGACCGGCCAGUGUGGCAGCGUGGCUUGGCCCUGGAAGUUCUGCACAAGAUUGCCACACAGCCAGAGCUCCUCAAGUCUUUCUGCACCAAUUAUGACAUGAAGCCCCAUGCAACAAAGAUAUUCCAGGACAUUGUAAAUAGCUUGGGAUCCUUUGUCAAAUCCCUCUUCAUGUCCCCCCAAUCAAGCAUAACCUCCCAGUUGGCUGGGGGAGGGCAGGGAGGAGGGCAGGGGCAGUCGCCGGCCAUGCUAGCUGGUAUGCCUGUAGGCCCAGGUGUCUCCCCACAGCCUGCCUUUUUCUAUAGGGGUGUCUAUCUUCCCCUGUGUGUCAACAUUCCCACAGGGCAGGCUAAGUCAUCUUACCUUGAGAUGCUGGAUAAGCUGGAGCCUCCAAACAUCCCAGAUGGCUAUGGUGUAAGUGUUGCCUACUAUUGCCUGCUGGACAUCAUACGCUCCAUUCACUUGGUGAUGAUGGGACCCCAAGCUACAAAUGAUGGCCAAACAGGACUAAUGGAUCAGUACAAGCCAACGGAGGGUGACAGGAAGAUCCAUGAACAGCUGGUGAACUCUGCAUGGUGUGGCCUUUUGUCAGCACUUACUGUGUUGUUAGAAGCCUGCACAGAUGAAGCUGCCACAGAAAAUAUACUUAAAGCUAUGCAGACCUUUGCCAGUCUAGCAGGUAAACUAGAGCUGACAACCCCUCGUGACACUUUCAUCACAGCCCUUUGCAAGUCGUGUCUGCCUCCACACUACACCUUGACAGUCCUCAAUAAUGCAAGUGUUGCUGCUGCAUCUUCUUCAAUGUCUCGCGGUCAUCAACGCUCACCCAGUGCUGAAUCUCAGCACCCGUACUAUGACUCUGAGUACUCCUUACAGGUACGACACCAGGUAGUAGCUGUGGGGACAGCUCUCGCAACCCCAUCUUUACCUGUAGGAGCACAACAAGGCCCGGUGAUGCUUACCAAUAAGAACCUGCAGUGCAUGCGAGCGACACUCUCAAUGGCCCACUGCCAUGGGGGAGUCCUAGGGGCAGCCUGGCACCUCCUCCUAACUACACUGCAGCAUCUUGUUUGGAUCUUGGGACUCAAACCAUCCACAGGGGGUAGUUUAAAGGCUGGAAGAAGCACAACAGAGACCAAUGCUGUCAUAACAACAGCUGUGAUAGCAGACCUUCCUGUUCUGUCUUCUAUGCUGAGCCGUCUCUUCGAGUCCUCUCAACAUUUGGAUGACGUUGCCCUUCAUCACCUCAUUGAUGCACUCUGCCAGCUCUCUCGAGAGUCAAUGGAGCUAGCUUAUACCAACAGAGAACCCUCUUUGUUUGCUGUAGCAAAAUUGCUUGAAACUGGGGUUGUUAACCUUGGAAGAGUGGAAGUGCUGUGGAGGCCAGUGACCAAUCACCUCUUGGAUGUGUGCCAACAUCCGCACGUACGGAUGAGAGAGUGGGGCGUGGAGGCUGUCACCUACUUGGUUAAGGCUGCCCUCACACACAAACACAACCCUCCUUUGAAGGAUAAUCAGAAACUGCAGACACUGUUGCUGUCGCCGUUAUCAGAAAUAUCACUUGUGGGCCACCCUGAUGUACGGCAAAAGCAACUGGAGUCUCUCCUGCAUAUCCUUCACUCCUGUGGUGAGCUUUUGCAUCAUGGCUGGCCUCUGAUCCUUAAUAUCAUUGGGGCUAUCAAUGACAAUCACAGUGAGCAUUUGGUGCGACUGGCCUUCCAGUGCUUGCAGUUGGUGGUUACAGAUUUCCUGCCCCUCAUGCCAUGGGCUUGCUUACCUCUCACUGUGGAUACAGCAGCAAAGUUUGGUUCUCAGACUCAGGAGCUGAAUAUCUCUCUCACUGCUAUUGGCCUUAUGUGGAACAUUUCAGACUAUUUCUACCAGAAUCAGGAGAAGCUUCGUGCCUCCCUUACGUCUGACAACCAAGUAUUCCCUGACUUUCCUGGGGUGCCCAACAUGCCACCUUUUGACAAGCUGUGGAUGUGCCUCUAUGCUAGACUAGGUGACUUAUGUGUUGACUCAAGACCAGCUGUUCGCAAGUCUGCAGGUCAGACAUUAUUCUCCACAAUUGCAGCUCAUGGUGCAUUACUUCACAACCAAACUUGGCAAGCAGUCUUGUGGCAGGUAUUGUUCCCUCUGCUGGACAAAGUACGUCAGUUGUCGGACUCUGCAAGCACAGACAAAGUGGACCAAGGUGGCAAUAUUUUGAUACACCACUCACGCAACACUCAGCAGAAACAAUGGGCUGAGACACAGGUGCUGACACUGUCUGGUGUAGCGAGGGUGUUUAGUACAAAGCAGAAGAUCCUUCAGGGAUUGGGUGACUUUCCACGGGCAUGGGCUCUUCUGCUGGACUUCAUCCAUACAGCGGCACUCUCCAAAAGCAAUGAGGUAUCUUUAGCUGCUCUUAAGUCACUCCAGGAGAUGCUUCAGGCAGGACGGUCAUCUACUGUUGUCUCAUCAGGUUCCUCAGAUGACUUAAGUUCCUCAAAUCUACAGUCUCCACUUCCAGAAGAUUCUAUAGCAAAUUGGAACACUGCUUGGAAAGUGUGGCACACCAUUGGGACAGAAGUGACCAAACCUCCACCAGAAGAAGUGACAAGAGGUUCUGAUGCAUAUAUUCCUUCUCAGCCUUUCCUCACGGCCUUGGUUCACAUUUUCCCACACCUUUUCCAGCAUAUAAAACCAAGAUUUGUUGUUAGUGACUUUACCCGAUUGGCGGCAGUGCUGUCUGGCUGUGUAUCAGUCCCUGUUCAUGGGGAAUCCUCUCCUUUCAUUCAUCCAUCGUUCACGGAUGUUGUGGUGACACCUCUACAAGAGGGUGUCUUGCAGGCUCUCACAGUAAUAGAGAAGGAGAUAACAGAAGGAAGUGUAUCAUCCAGAGCUAUGGUUCCAGAACUCUUCACUCUACUUCUACAGUUUUCACACUACAGUUGUCAAGCUCCAAGUUAUGGGAAUGUGCUCACAAGACCUCACACUACCAAGGGCUCGUUUUAUUUACAGGCAGAUUGGGUGACUAUGAACUUCGUGCCAUUUGCUGAGCGCUCCAUGUCCAUGUUGGUGACUCUGUACCAAACCACCUGUGCCUGGAAGGAGGUGAUAGAGGCUCAAGUCUUGAAGAAUAUUAUACAGGGUAUUACAAUGCCCCUCCACAAAAAGUACCGGUGCCCGGCACAGACCACAUGGAAGCUAGCUAUUACAACACUCCUCGCAGUGCUGCAGGAAGGCCUGCAACUUGCGAGAGAACAUCCGACUCACUUUCGGGAAAUGUGGCCUGUCUUGGCCACUGCCCUCGAGAGUUUCCUGUUUUCUGAGAGCCCACCCCCAGCAAACCAAAGCAGUGAAGAUGCGGAGAGAGAUGAGAGCAUAGACUGCCAAGUAGUGGAACUCAUACGAGAAGAAAUCUUACCAUACGCUUCCACGACUCCCAGUGACUUUAUUGUCUCCAUUAUGGUACUACUUAAUAAGGGUUCAAUAGAAUCUGCAUCAGGAGGUGAUUCAGAGUGUGAAGGCUUCAAGCUGCGAGAGGAGUUUGCUAAGACAUGCUUCGAGACCCUCCUGCAGUUCUCACUACUCGCACCGACUGAUUUUGAUGUCAAGCUAGAUGGCUCAGCUCAAGGCUCAACAGGAAACAUGGAUAAAUUAGGAGCCGCCCCUCACGCGACCACAAAAUUAGCCGUCACCUCUCUGCUUCAUCGGUUUAGAGAAGUCCUUGUCAAGUAUGUGGAAGACGAGAAGCUGAGUGGGAAGGCACCACUACCAAGACAUAGAAUAGCUGAAAUAAGUUUCGUCUUGAAGGCCAUUGCGACGUUGUUGAAAUCCUUAAAGACAGCACCAAUUGAGAAAGUGGACAGCAUGACCUGGGCACAGCUGAUUGGACUGUAUCCUCACCUGGUGGAAGUAGGAGGUGCCAGCAACAAUGGGACUCCACAGCUAUGGCGUUCCCUGAGAGAAGUCCUUCUGCAGUAUGCCCAACUGUUGCGUGCUCCUGUGGCCACCUCGGAGGCUGAUAGUAAUGAUAAUCAGGUUGUCAGUAUGGUGAAUGGAACAUAGAGGAAAUAAAGUAUUAGAUAUUUGAAA